ACGCACAAGCCCCAGCAACACACCGGCGACGGCGGAUCGCGUGGGACAAAACAUUUACAAGCGCAAGGCAUAACCCCGUGCGAUCGGGUCUGAACAGCGCAUGAGUGUGGCCCGCAAUGCGCAGGCGCGUCGGCCGCCGCCGGGCAGUAACGAAGAAAGCGAUCACACCGGCGAUCGCAAGAAGAUUGUCAGGCAGAAGGUGUUCGUGGGCGGCAACUCACCGUUUUCAGGGAGUGUCCGGAAAAACGCAGGCGUGCUCAGCUGUUCCGGAGGAGGAUUCCUGACGUCACUACCUGUCCGGAUCAUCGCUGCGGCUGAGUUUAUAGAUUUAUCUGGAAUGUCAAGCACAUCAAUAUCGAUCAGUAUUCCUGCCAGUGCCUCUAUAGAAUCACCACCAACAACAAAAGAUCAUGUUAAAGCCAAGCAAUCGCUAAUGAUACAUAAACUUGAUAUAGGAGUUGCUGCUAUCCGCAUUCAAAGAGCAUGGAGGUGCCACCACAACAGACAGCUUUUCAAGCUCCUUAAACAUGCUGCCCGAGCCGCUGAAACAUGUGCUACAUAUGGGAUUCUGAAGAAAGUGAGCCCCCUGGAAGCAGAACUGUUAAAAGAUCCAGGGAUGCGGUGUAAAGUAAGAUUCAGAUUUGCUGGUUAUGAGUUCCCACCAUUUAUUGUGUUUAAGAUCUUCCACUGUUCAGGUGGCCACGGCAGCCGAUACAUCAGCGGGAAGAGAAUAAUUAACCCUUCAAGUGAGGCUGCAACCGACGCUUGCAAGUUGAUGGGACACCGUGCAUAUUAUGAGCAAUUAAUUUGUGAUCAACUAGAGUAUCAGAAGCACAGAAUAACAGACGUUGUGGAUGUGGCAACAUUCAAAGAUUAUAUGCAGUAUAUAAGUCACCUUGAUGAAACGCCAGCACAUCGUGGAGGACGGGAUAACUGCUGGAGAAGGCUGUCGCUGAAAAAUAUGCCAAGGACAACGAUUAUGUAUGACAUAGUGGACUAUGCAGAGUCUGGAACUGUAUCUGAGAGGCUGAAGGAAGAAAUGAAGCUGCUUCUUCAGAUACCUGGAACGGAAGAUGUGCAGCGCAAGCAGCUCAGCGCUGUUACACAGAUCAGAUCCCCAGUGCCGCCUCCAUCAUCCGCUAUUACCACCUACCUCUCAUCACGCUACUCUACAGCUCCAAGAUCUACAUCCCGACGAUCACAAAAGGCUCAUCAUAAAGUAGCAAAAAUGAAGAGACUGUAUGGCCUAGGGAAAGACAGGCAGGAUGACACGGAUAACACCACAGAUGCCGACCGCCAACCAUUCUCAGAGAGAAAAGCUGCAUCGUACCAGGUUGUGUUCUCUGACGAUGACUGGGAUGAAGAAGCAGAAAAGCUGUACGCUUGGAGUCAAGGCCUGUGUCUGGAUGAAUGAGCAGUGCCUUCCCCAGUUCUCCUGUAAGCACUAUAAUUGGUUGCAAUAAUGUGAACACUGUGCAACGACUGCCCAUGUGACAGGUACAGAAGUUAUCCAGAUGGGCCAUAGUUACAGAUCUGAAUUGUGCAUACCUAACUUAGAUAUCACAUGCAAUAUAUUUCACCCUUGAAGAUUAGUUAGAGAUUAGGAAUAGGAAUGGUGUAAUGGUUAGUAUUACUGCCUCGCAUGGGUUCGAUUCCCACCAUGGCCAUAACUGUGUGGAGUUUGUAUAUUCUCCCCAUACUUGUGUGGGUUUCCUGCGGGUACUACGGUUUUCUCCCACAAUCCAAAAAAAUAGGUUAAUUAGCUCCCAACAAAAUUAACCCUAGCGUGAAUAUUUGUGCAUGUAAAUGUGAUAGGGAAUAUAGAUUGUAAGCUCCACUGGGGCAGGGACUGAUGCGAAUGGCCAAAUAUUCUCUCUGUAAAGCGCAGCGGAAUAUGUGUGCGCUAUAUAAAUAACUGGUAAUAAAUAGAAGUAUAACUAACAAGUACUUUUAAAAUGUAUGUGCACACAAAUGUUUAGCCAAAUGUUUCCCCUCCACUUGUGCCUUGUCUCCUUUAUCUGCUGUUGGAUGGAUCAGACUUCAGCUAAAACAGAGCUUUAAAUGGGUAGCUUUCAUCCCUAUCCCUACAAGGGCCAUUCACACAGACACUUGGGGCAAGAAAAGGUGAAUGCUUGACUCAGAUGCAGCUUGCAGUGUUUUAUUCUGUCUAUAUUUGCAUUCACCCUGUUGCCCCGAGUACCUAUAUUGCUUGUCAAAGGGAUCAAUGAUCUAUAAUCCCUUUUUACGUUCCAUAUGAGCUGUGUUCUGUUUUCAGUGGUAGAACCAGGGGCGUAUCUAGAGAGGAGGGGACCCGUGUGCA